AUGCUUGCACAAACAGAUGAUCAAAAUUAUUUUCAUUCAUUUUCCGUAUGCCUACUUCUAAAAUUACUAAUAUUAUAUACAUUUUUGCCAAUUUGUACAAGCAAGAAAACAAAAAACUCAUUGGCAAGUUCAAAUAAUUCGAGCCAAGAAACAGGCUCAAUUCAUUUGAGCACACAAAAAUCGCCAGCUCGAACACCGAAUCAAAAAUCGCCAGAUAAUAUGAGAAAAUCGACGAAAAGUAUGAAAUCAUCGAGAAAUGCAAUGGAUUCGAUUAAAAUGAUUAAGGGGAAAAUGAGAAAAUCGAAAUCGCCGAUUUUUGAGAAAAAAGAAAAAGAUAUUUCGAGAGAUGGAGAUGAUGAACAACAACAUACCGAAAUUAUUGAUGUUCCGAUUGGAAAAGCCGCUGAGUUAGUAGAGGGCUUUAGAAAUUGUAGAACUCUUUUUGGGCGGGUAACCUAAUUUUGAUUAGGAGAAGUCAAACCCCAGCUAUAAAAUCUAAUUUUGUCUCUUUCAAACUUUCGCCAUAUUUCCAGAAAUGUCCCAUUGGCCAACAACCUAACACCAACAAAACAAUCCAAAACUCGUGAACGCCCAAAUUCUCCAAGCGUAUCUUCAGCUCCAAAAGUCAGUUUUGCCGAAAAUCUAAUCGAGAGUAACAAUAAUCGGCAUCUCAUAGAAAUGCCAACACAAUCAGCCGAAUGA